UACUUCAUAAUGUAAUGAAGUGAAAAUGAAAAGAAAAUUAGAAAAAGUAUGAACAGCUGUUUUUUCAAAAUGCUACUUGCUGUAUUUCAUCAUCUUAUAUUGUUUCUUUUGCUUUUGAAAAAGUUAAUCAGACACUGAGAUGAAUUUCACAUCCGAGGUCACCAAUGCAACGAUGGCUUUGAAUCAGCGGGACACAUUACUGACGGCUGUGGGCAAGAAUCUGACUGUUCUUGUCCUCGGGAUCACCAUCAACUACAUCAAUGCCACAAUGGUCCACACAUUCAACAAGCAUCACGUGUGUGAAAUGUGUAUAUUUUUCUAUGUGGGUUUAUUACUUCAGCAAUCAAAGAAGGAAAGGAGGUGAACAAUACGUAUGAAGAUGGAAACAUCUCUCGCUUCCCUUUAUGUUCUUUCUUUUCUGUCUGCUGUAUUAAUAUUAGUGGGGGUUUCUUUUCUUUUUGGGGCUGCUGUGCUCCCUCCUGUCCUCCCUCGUUGUUCCUUCGUCCACAGGCGGCAGUCAAUUUGGUAAUCAGGGAGGGGUUGAAGAGGAGGACGAGGAAGGCCGUGUUUUUCGGACUCUGGGGCAGCAGCAGCAGCAGGGGAAGGUUUGCUUUUCUUUCUUUUGAGAUGAGCUAACCCUUGGUUGGAGACCACCGGUAGUCCAGUUUGUCAUUUUGUGUUAGGCCUGUUUUUCCCUGGUUAGUGGGGAAGUGCAGGGUGUGACGGCCCACAGCGUGGCUGGCCCUGAGUUUCCCUCUUUUGUUUCUUUUGGUCGGGAUCUCUUUUUGGUUCAUUACUUUAUGGGUUAAAUUUGUUUUCCUUUUUCUUUUCUUCCCCGGUGCUAAUGAACCGUUGAAGAAUCCUUUUCUUUUUGCAAACUUUGAAACUGUUGUGUGGCGUACUUCAUAUUUUGUUACAUGUUACAUCAUAUUAAUGUUAUGUACAGUCAACCUCACGCUGAAGUUAUGUGAACAUCAUGUUAUAACCAAUUUGUCCACUCAUAAUCUGUCACUAAAUUCAAUGGCACUGUCAGUGAUUUAAGGUGAUGUUGAAUACCAAUGUAGAGAUGUACAAUAUAAUGCAACCCCAAGUUAUGUUGCUCAUUUCAGAUCUUUAGGAUGAACCCUCGCUUCAUCCUUUUCAUCCACCUGGUGUUCAACGACAUGAUCCAGCUCACAACCAGCAUUUCCCUCUUCGUCUUUACAUAUACCUUCCACACCAUCCAUGUCUACCUCUGUUGUCUUUUCAUCUUGCCGGCCAUCUUCACCACACAGAACACCCCUCUGAAUCUGGCUUUCAUGGCAGCAGAGUGUUACAUUGCUGUCUGCAUCCCCCUCCGCUACAACAACAUAUGUACAGUCAAAAGAACAUAUAUUGUUAUUGGCAUAAUCUGGGCAUUAAGUUCACUUUCUGUACUGCCAGAUGUCUUCAUUCUUUUGGCCACUGAACCUCUGGAGUUCUUUCAUAGCAGAGUUUAUUGCUCUAGGGAUAGAGUGUUUAGGAGUGCCUACAGUGUAAAGAAGAGGGAUGCAUCCCACAUAUUGUUUCUGGUCGUGGUUUGGCUCACUCUGUUCUACACUUACUUCAGAAUUUUGUUUGUAGCCAAAGCUGCUGAUGCAGAUGCUAAAAAGGCAAGAAACACAAUCCUGCUUCAUGGUUUUCAGAUGCUGCUGUGUAUGAUGGUGUACGUGCAACCUAUGUUAAUUCAAAGUCUUGCAUACGUGUUCCCAAGAGGGUUAAGUGCCAUAUACUUUGUUAUGUUUAUUAUAAAUCAAAUCCUCCCUCGCUUUGCAAGUCCUAUUGUUUACGGGCUACGAGAUAAGAUAUUCAGGAAGUACUUCAAAAAGUAUCUGUGCACAGUAACAAUGAACGUCCAUCCAAAGACAACACUGAAGAUACUAUGA